UUGAGUUGCAGGUGGGAAGCUGGAGUUUAAAAAGCCUCUCUCCGUCUGACAUUCCAGAACGAUUCAUCACAAUCAUCAAUAUUAGUUUUGUAAUCUUUUGUGUUCCGCUCAUGGCUUCUGUUCAUGAUAUUGCUGCUCAUGAACUUGGUUUUGAAGAAGGCAUUUUCUGGCUACCUUCUCAUGUUAUGGACGAGGCAUGUGACUCCAAGAUACAUAUGAGGAACCGCCACCAAAAACUGCUGCAACACUACAGAUAUCCAAGGGAAACACAGUCACAGUACUGCUCAAAAUUUUCUACAAGAUCUUCAUAUGAUCAAAGGCCGAAACAUGCCACUGGUGGACCUGGAAUGCAAGCUGUUUUCUUAGUUUCGGGGCAAGGAUCAUGUGGUACUGGCGUGUUCUUACCCCAAAAAGCAGGCACAAAAUCAAUCAGGAAACCAGCGUGCGCUCCUGUCCUUCUUCCAGCUCGAGUAGUUCAAGCUCUAAAUCUUAAAGUGCACCAAUUAGGCCUGCAGAUUUCACCUUCUCAAGCUCCCAAAUAUAGCCCGAGAAGCGGAGAAGUAUGCACCAGUGAGUCAACAAAAAAGAAAACGAAUCAGAAAGAUGCUCUCAAGCAAUGCAGUGUUGUUGUUUCUCAUGAGAGUCAAAGUUCUUCUCCUGAGAUAUUUCUUCCAAAGGAAUGGACAUACUAACUAGCUCUCAAGAAAGAACACAAAAAUUGAGCUGAUGCUGUAUAUGUAUGCAGUAAGUUAUAGGCAAUUCCAUCAUAAAGCCGGGGUGUUAAAUUAUUUGUGCAGCUAUAUUAUGAUAGGAGCCAUGGCCCUGUAAUAUAUAUUGUUAAUUAAUUUAUAAUAAAACGAAGCACAAAGGUCCCGGUUCAAUAUAUUGCACACUUUCUGUUAAA